UGACACCCUCUGCUUGCAGCACAGUUGCCCAUCAAACGUCGACUCCUUAACUUGACAGCUGCCAUUUCUAUCUGAUCAUAAUACAAGUGAAGUACAAUCAUGGGAGAUGGUGAAAUGGAGUGUUUCGGCCCGGCGGCCAUUUACCUCCGGAAGCCAGAAAGAGAGCGAAUCGAGGCUCAGACCGCCCCCUUUGAUGCCAAAACAGCAUUCUUCGUGACAGAUGCAGCUGAGAUGUACCUGAAAAGUAAUCUUGUUAGUAGAGAGGGUGGCAAAGCUACUGUCAAAACUCACUGUGGGAAAACUGUCACAGUAAAAGAAGAUGAAAUCUUCCCAAUGAAUCCUCCCAAGUUUGACAAAAUGGAGGACAUGGCCAUGAUGACCCACCUCAAUGAGCCUUCUGUGCUGUUUAACCUCAAAGAGCGUUACGCAGCAUGGAUGAUCUAUACCUACUCUGGCUUGUUCUGCGCCACUGUCAAUCCAUACAAAUGGCUCCCAGUGUACGAUACAAUUGUUGUGGCUGGAUACAGAGGCAAAAAGAGGAUUGAAGCCCCACCUCACAUCUUCUCCAUCUCUGACAACGCCUACCAGUUCAUGCUCACUGGUAAGUGGAUUCCAGCAGUCUCAACAAAUAACAGUUAAAAAGUCAAUGAAAAAAAUACACU